AUGCCGUCAAAACGCAAACGCUCAGGUCCUGGCUUCAACCGAGACGCACCCAACAACUCCACCUUUAAACGCUCCAAACCGGCCUACAAUCAAGUCUAUCGUCUUUCAGCACGCAACAUUUCGGGUCCAGGGAUCUUUGUCACUUGCGUUCAAGGAAAAGAGCGAAAAGCAGCACUGCAGCUCAUCGAUCUGUUGAAUGAGGUGGCCGAUAGGCUGUAUCCUGAAGUUAAGCCCGAGCCGUUGCCGGAAACAAACAAUGCGGGUUCGAGCAAGGUGGAGGAGAAUGGCGGGGAGGAGCAAGAUAUGGACGCUUUACGAAACGGAUCUGUUCCACAACCCACCGAGCAACCUCGAGAGCCUGUCGUUGCCACAGUAGAGAUCAAAGGGAAGGAAAAGCAAGAGGACGAUAUCGCAGCGCAAAUAGCAGCCGAGCUUAAAGACAUCAAAUCUUCCGAACGCCGACGUCCCUCCACGAAUUCGAUGAGGUUUAAGAACAUCGAAACAGACACGGAAUGUUUCCUCUUCAUCUCCAUCUCUCCUCCAUUCGACCCUUACCUUUUGAUCUACACCAUCCUCUCUGAUGUCGAAGUCUCGGGCGAACCUGGAUCUCGAUUCGUCCAACGUUUGACACCCGUCACACAGACUUGCUCCGCAAAUGCAGAAGAUCUUACCACCCUAGCACGCACCAUUCUCCCUCACUUCUUCAGCACAAACGCAGAAGAGGCAAAAUCGUUCAAAAUCGACCCUCGUAUCCGAUCGCACAGCAAGUUGAAACGAAAUGACGUGAUUCAGAUCGUCGCAAGCAACAUUCCUACUGGUGCAGAAGGGGAGAGGAUUCACAAUGCAAACCUGAGCAAUCCGGAUUUGUGGAUUGUCGUGGAAGUAGUCAAAAACUCAGCAGCGAUUAGUGUCGUAAGAAAUUAUGAACGCUACAGGAAGAUGAAUCUGCAAAGUGUUGCAUUGGUGGCGAAUGAGGGAAAGGCGAAAGAGCACGAGGAGGGAAAGCGAAGUGGGGAGGGAAGAGUUGGCGCUAGUCUGGUUGGUAAAUCAGCUCCUGCAACAACAGUGGAAGGCGCAGAGGAGAAAAAGGAGCAAAAGGGUGACGAAAAAGAAGCUCCGGCAGCUACGACAACAGAGGAGGUGAGUCAAGCUCAACAAGACGAGCAAAAGCCAUCAGAAGAGGCAGCAGCAGAGCAAGAUCAGAUGGCCAACUUCAAGCUCUUCUGA